AUGGGGGCCACAGGAACAGGAAAAUCUCAUCUCUGUGUCAACCUUGCCACCCAUUUUCGAGGAGAAAUAAUCAACUCGGAUAAAAUGAAAGUUUACAAGGGACUUGAAAUUGUUACAAACAAGAUCACUCACACUGAAAACAAGGUGUACGAUACUAUUUGUGAAAUUGAACCAUAUUCAGACUUCACAACUGAAGAUUUUUGUUUGCAAGCUGGAAUCUAUAUAGAAAAAAUAUUUAAGACUCAACGUGUUCCAAUUAUUGUUGGAGGGACAAAUUCGUAUCUUGAAAAACUUGUGGAAGAUCCUGUGUUCAUGUUCAAAUAUAAGUAUAAUAGUUGCUUUAUUUGGAUUGAUGUUGAGCAAUCAGUCUUGAACCGUAGAAUUGACAUGAGGGUUGAUCAAAUGGUCAAAGUAGGGCUAGUGGAUGAAGUGCGAAAAAUUUUCAUUCCAGAUGCAGAUUACACCAAAGGAAUCCGACGGUUCAUUGGUGUCCCUGAAAUGGACAGAUAUUUAAGGGAAGAAACAAAUAUAGACAGAGAUUAUGAAUCAAAGCAGAUGAUUCUUCAAGCUUCAAUUUCAAGUAUCAAGCGUAAUACUCAUAAAAUGAAUACGUUCAUCAACAAUGAAGAGUUCAAGAAGAAAGUUAUCUUCAUAAUGGGGGCCACAGGAACUGGAAAAUCCCGUCUCUCUGUUGACCUUGCCACCCAUUUUCGAGGAGAAAUAAUCAACUCGGAUAAAAUGCAAGUUUACAAGGGACUUGAAAUUGUUACAAACAAGAUCACACACACUGAAACACAAGGUGUACGACACUAUUUGUUAGGUGAAAUUGAACCAGAUUCAGACUUCACAGCUGAAGAUUUUUGUUUGCAAGCUGUCAUCUAUAUAGAAAAAAUACUGAAGACUCAAUGUGUUCCAAUUAUUGUUGGAGGGUCAAAUUCAUAUAUUGAAAAACUUGUGGAAGAUCCUGUUUUCAUGUUCAAAUAUAAGUAUGAUAGUUGCUUUAUUUGGAUUGAUGUUGAGCAAUCAGUCUUGAACCGUAGAGUUGACAUGAGGGUUGAUCAAAUGGUCAAAGCAGGGCUAGUGGAUGAGGUGCGCCAAAUUUUCAUUCCAGAUGCAGAUUACACCAAAGGAAUCCGACGGUCCAUCGGUGUCCCUGAAAUGGACAGAUAUUUAAGGGAAGAAACAAAUAUAGACGGAGAUGAUGAAUCAAAGCAGAUGAUUCUUCAAGAUUCAAUUUCAAGUAUCAAGCGUAAUACUCGUAUGUUAAUUUGUAACCAACUUGCCAAGAUUCAACGAUUAAGAAGCGAGAAAAUGUGGUCAGUGCAUCAUAUUAUUGCUACGGACGUUUUCAAAGAAGAUAGAGAAGAAGAUCUUGACGAAGCAUGGACGAAUACUGUUUUGCAACCAUGCCUAGAUAUUGUGAAGAUAUUUCUCAAAAACGAUCAUCACAAUAUUAUUUUUGAGUGUACAUAAACUGUCAUUAUCUACAUCUUCUAUUUGAUAUCUUUUAUUUUGGACCUAUUUUGUAUAGUUUUUAUAGCAUUACAUAUAAAUAUAUGUAUGAUCUAGCCCUUAUUUCUAUAUGUGUUGCUCUUGUCGGUAAAAAAAUUCUUAUCUAUAGAUGAAAUAUUUAUUUUAA